CCGAUCAGUUGAACACUACACUUUUAGGAGCUGUAUUUCAAGGAUUAAGGCCAUCAUGAUGUUGAAGUUAGUUGUGAUAUGCUGCACUCUAAUUGCUUUUGGCAGUGCAUAUCCCGCGAAUGAGUUGAACGAAUCAGUCGUUGCCAGUGAUUCUGGCCCAACAGAAGAUUUGGAUGCUGGAGAGCAGAACUCCGCUCUAGUCGAAAACGGACCGGCCAAGGAAGAUUUGGAUAGGUCAGAAUCUUUUGGAUUCGGCUACAAACGUUACUAUCCCCGUUAUUACGGAUACCAUAGUUACUAUCAUUACCCGCGUUACUAUCACCACUAUCCACGGUAUUAUUACUGGUGAAUGUUUAUACAAGUGAAACUAUUCUUAUCCUCCGGACGAAUACAAUACGA